CCUUUUGGCGGCAUAUAUUCGUUCCCGCUAUUCCAAAAUUCCAGACAUACUUCUCUUGUCUACUAUUUCAUCUCCCUCUCUAUUCUCUAAUUUGCAUUCACGCAAAAUCACCUCUCACUCUCUCUCUCUCUCUCCAUUUUCCGGUUGACUGAGAGAAGAAUGGGAGCUUCUCCGGGUGAAGAUGUGUGGGCGCUCAUCUCCAAGGACCGGCGAUCGCUGAAGCAUGUCCGCGACAACGUUCACGGCAACAUCUAUCUUGAACCUCUGUUUUUGAAGUUCAUUGAUACUGAACAGUUUCAGAGGCUUCGUGACUUGAAGCAACUUGGGCUGACACAUAUGGUUUAUCCUGGUGGUGUACAUUCUCGAUUUGAACAUUCACUUGGGGUGUACUGGCUAGCGGGUGAUGCUAUUAACAGAAUUACAGCUUACCAAGGAUUGGAGCUUGAUAUUGAUCGUGAUGAUAUAAAGACGGUAAAACUUGCCGGAUUGCUUCAUGAUGUUGGCCAUGGGCCUUUCAGCCACCUGUUUGAGCGCGAGUUCCUGCCUCGGGUUCUUAAUGGCCAUAAAUGGUCUCACGAGGACAUGUCUGUGGAAAUGAUAGACUACAUUGUUGAUGAGCACAAUAUUGAAAUUGAUUCUGCCACCCUGAAAGGAGUGAAGGAAAUGAUUACUGCUAGCUUUGAACAUGAUUCUUGCAAGAGCGUGAAGCAUAAAAGUUUCCUAUAUGAUAUUGUUGCCAAUGGCAGAACUGGAAUAGAUGUUGACAAGUUUGAUUACAUUAUCCGUGACUCUCGAGCUUGUGGUCUAGGAUGCAAUUUUCAAUCUGAGAGGUUGAUGGAAAAUAUGCGAGUUAUGGAAGAUGAGAUAUGUUAUCGCGCAAAGGAGUAUCUGACAAUCCACAAACUAUUUGCCACUCGUGCUGAUUUACAUCGAACAGUGUACACACAUGCCAAAGUGAAGGCUAUUGAGCUCAUGGUUGUAGAUGCUCUCAUAAAAGCAAAUGAUUCUCUUGAAAUUGUGUCGAAGAUCCACCAACCAGCUGAAUUUUGGAAGUUGGAUGACUCCAUUUUGAAGACAAUUGAAACCUCUUCUAAGCAAGAGCUCAAGGAGGCUAGAGAUUUGGUCCUACGCAUUCGGAGAAGAGAUCUAUACCAGUUCUGUAACGAAUUUUCUGUUCCAAAGGAGAAAAUAGACUACUUCAAAGUUAUCACUCCCCAAGACAUAAUUUGUUCCCAGAAAUCUGGCCGUGUUACAUUAAGAGAAGAAGAUGUUGCUGUGAGCAAUGUUAAAAUUGAUUUGACUCGAGGAAGAAAUAACCCUCUGGAAAGCAUCAAGUUUUUCAAGCAAUGAGAAAUUCUCAAUCCAAGAUGACCGCAUCAGUCAUUUGCUGCCUGCGUUUUACCAAGAUAUGAUAGUUCGAGUGU